AUGGGAGCUCCACCGAACGAGGUCUUUACAGCGUUUGCCUUCGUGGGUUUCGCCAUGUGCACUAUACCGUUUUAUUGGCACCUGGAAGCCUGGAAUACAGGAACUUGCUUGUACAUGGCUUGGACCGGAGUGGCGUGUCUCAACCAGUUCAUUAACUCGAUCGUCUGGCAUCACAAUGCGAUUAACUGGGCUCCGGUAUGGUGUGAUAUCUCGGCCCGAAUCAUCAUCGGCUCCAGUGUCGCUAUUCCUGCUGCCUCACUCUGUAUCAACCGCCGCCUCUACAAAAUCGCGACCAUUAAGUCGGUCAUGAUAACCAAAGCCGAGAAACGUCGCGGUGUCAUGAUUGAUCUCGCCAUCGGUGUUGGCAUCCCCGUCCUUGAUAUGAUUUUGCAAUAUGUCGUUCAGGGUCAUCGCUUCAACAUCCUCGAGGAUGUCGGCUGCUACCCAGCCACGUAUAACACACCUCCAGCCUAUGCAUUAGUUUUUUGUUGGCCGCUGGCAAUUGGAGUAGUCUCAUUUGUCUAUUGCAGUCUCACAAUCCGGCAAUUCUGGAAGCGGAGACGACAAUUCAACGACGUCCUUUCCUCUAGUCGCAACCUGAAUCAGAGUCGCUAUUUCCGUCUGAUGGCUUUAGCCGGCAUCGAGCUACUAGGAACCAUACCUUUGGCGUCGUAUUCUAUCUAUCUCAACGUUACAACCAAUCAAAUUCAAGAGUGGAAGGGUUGGGCAGACACACACUCAAAUUUCUCUCGUGUACAGCAAAUUCCUGCCGUUCUAUGGCGCCUCAAUCGCCAAGAAAUGAUUUCAGUGGAACUUAGUCGAUGGCUCCUGGUCCUCUGUGCUUUUAUAUUUUUCUUUUUCUUUGGCUUCGCAGACGAGGCGCGCAAGCACUACCGUCUGGCUUAUACUUCUCUCGCCAGCCGACUCGGCGUGUCCACCAUCUCUAGCUCGACAGUGUCAUCAGACUUCAGCUCAUCGAAAUACCCUCGGAUGUCCAACCUGCCAGCUUUCACAUCCUCCGAUCUUUCUCGUAUCAAGCGUGAAUCUCUUCUUUCGUCCUCGGAUAAAUUAUCAACUUCAAUCUCUAUUGGCGAGUUUGGUAUCAUUCAGGAGAAAGCAUCUCCAUAUUCCCCCACAGACUCGACAGCGUCGUCGUCACUUGAUUCCCUUGAUCGAUUUGCGCGGAGGUCGUCUUCUUUCAAUCCUCACCAUGUCAUCGCUCCUUUAGAGCCGUCGCUCGACAUCACAGCCGUGUCUCGUUAUUCCCCCGAAGCGCCCCCACCACCGCCGCGACGUGCAUCAAUCGAGACCGUCUGA